ACAUUUCCCUCCCCAGGGCUCUCUGAUUGCCUCCCCUUUGCCAUGGCUCAGCUCAAAUCGAGAAGCACUGAGGAAGGGAAGGGGCUUUGUGGGAACCUGCUGGAGCAGCCCAGGAAGGAGGAACCAGGCCCUGCCCCCCAGGAGCUCCCAGUCUAGUGGGGGGACAAGUGUCCGAGGCCGUGUCUACACUGGCCUUGCAGUAUGGAUAGGAGAGACUCUCAGAGGGAGGCUGUGGCAGUGCUGCGGGCCAGGAGCUCUGUUCUGAGGGUCAGACAUGAGCUGAGCUUGGAAGAAGGAAGCCAGGAGGCCCAGGGAGGAGGGAGAACCUUUCAGCCUGAGGGAAGCCAUUGGAGAUGCCCAGAGGCAGGGGAUGGAGGGUCCUGGUCAGGCUCAGCCAGGAGGCCAGUGUCCCUGGUCAGAGGAGAGGAAGAAGGGACUUGAGGAUGUUCAGGGGUGUCUGCAGGGGUCUCCUCUGAGCCUGUCCUGAAAUGAUGAGGCUCCCCGGUGGCAAGAGGUUGAAUGGGGCCGCCAAGGACCCAGCCGGACAGGCGCAGCCCAGACAGUGUUUGGCUCUGACCUCCUUCUUCGUGGCUUCUGGCCCUGGGUGCCCCCUCCUGAGUCUGCAGCUUCCUCUAAUGGGGGACCGUCUGCCCCCCAUUUCCUCCAUCUCCCUCCUUAAAGGAGGAAGAAGAGAGUCAUGGAGGGACGUCUGGAUGUGCCCCGGGAGGGCCCUUUGGCGAUGAGUCCCCAGAGGAGGCAGGAGAAGGUACAAAAAAAGCCCAGACUGAAAGCAGACCUGUGAGCAGGACAAGCACAGGAGCCACGUUCAGGCCAUCUCAGAGAGCAGAUUCUGCCGUGCCAGGAGAAGAAACAGGAAGGAUCUGCUGCUCAUCCCAAGAAGGAGACAGGAAGCAGCACAGGAACAAGGGAGGAGAUUGGGGAAGGACAGAAGCCCUCCUGGGAAAGAGCCAUCCAGCAGUGUGCAGGUGCCCCGAGGGCCGGAGAGAGUAGCAGGGAAGGGGAGCAGCCAGAGAAAUGGAGUUUGCUAUCAGCAAGGCUCUUGCUCAGGCUCAGGCCAAGAUGGAGGCAGAGAGGCCUUCGAUGGCCUCAGAUGGCCCUGCAGGGGAAACUGAGUCAAGAGGGCCUUCCUUGGCCCCCAGCACUGCCAGUCUCCCUCUGAGAGUCCCUUCCAUCUAUACUGCAGGGCCAGUGUAGACACGGCUGCUGACAUUUGUUCCUCCUUUAGACUGGGAGCUCCUGGGGGGCAGGGCCUGGUUCCAGGGACAGUAGCAGUGCCAGGAGCAGCCUUUUGGGAAGUAAUCCAUCCCGAUGGGCUCUUUGACUCUUCAGAAGGGAUUUGGUAUUCAACCCUGAAAGGGAACUCUAAUAUUAUUCUACCAAGUGUUGGUGACGUUCCAGGAUGUGGCUGUGGACUUCACCCAGGAGGAGUGGCGCCUCUUGGACCCUGGUCAGAAGGAGCUGUACAAGGAGGUGAUGGUGGAGAAUGCCCAGAACAUGCUCUCCCUGGGUCUUCCCGUUCCCAGAGAAGAUUUAAUCUCCCAUUUUGACCAAGGGAGAGCUCCAUGGAUGCUGGAGGGAGAAGGCCCCAGCAACUCCUGUCUAGAUGGAGAGAAGAGCCUUGAAAUGAGAGAGACUAAUGCAAAGCUCAAGGAAGAGUCACAACAGCCAGGAUUCAUGAAUGAUAAUUGCUGUGACUUCAGUCUGAGAGAAAUCUGUGACUCUGAUUUCAAGAUAGAAAAAACACAAAAGGUUCAGAGUGAAUUUGAUAAAAAUGGAAAGAAUAUCAGGCAAUAUUCCAUCUCAAUUCAGUGUAAAAAAACGAUCUCAGGCAAUGACUCUUCUCAGGACAGUAAAUGCAGGGAAUGCUUUACUAAACAAGUGGUGUUUAUUGAGUCUCAUGAGAAGCCUCCAGUAUUACAAACCUAUCAAUGUCAUAACUGUGAGAUGACUUUCAAUUUAAAAUCAGACCUAAUUAGACAUCAGAGAAGUCAUGCUGGAGAAAUGCUUUAUACAUAUAAUGCAGUUGAGGAGGCCUUAAGUCAUAAUUCAGAGCUCACUGACCACCAGAAAAAUCAAAAUGGAAAAAAAUAUUAUGAAUGUAAUGACUAUGGUAAAGCCUUCAAGAAACAAUUAUCACUUAUACACCAUCAAAAAUUUCAUACUAGCACAAAGCUGCAUAAAUGUAUGCAAUGUGGGCAAGCCUUCAGGAGACAGUCAUUGCUCAUUUCCCAUCAGAAAAUUCAUACUAGAGAGACAUCUAAUGAGUAUCCUGAAUAUAGUAAAACUUUCAGUGAAAAGUCAUCCCUUAUUUUAUGUGAAAGAAGUCAUACUAGAAAACAACCAUAUGAUUAUAACCAGUGUGGAAAGACUUUCACACAGAAAUCUCAUCUGAUUGUACAUCAGAGAAUCUAUGCUGGAGAGAAACCUUAUAAGUGUAGUCAGUGUGGAAAGAGUUUCCAACAGAAAUCCAGUCUUACUAACCAUCAGAGAAUCCACACUGGAGAGAAACUUUUUAAGUGGAGUCAGUCUGGAAAUAGUUCCUCACAAAGCUUCUGUCUUGCUUCAAAUCAAAGAAUCCACCCUGGAGAAAACCUUUAUGGAUGUAAUCAAUGUGGUAAGAAUUUCAGAUGCAAUUCUAAUCUCCUUCAACAUCAGAGAAUCCACACUGGAGAGAAACCUUAUGCAUGUAAACAAUGUGGAAAGACUUUCAGACAGAGGGGCAGUCUUAAUGAGCAUCAGAGUAUCCACACUGGAAAGAAGCCUUAUGAAUGCCAUCAAUGUGGAAGGAGUUUUAGGCUGAAACCCAUUCUUAGUGCACAUCAGAGAAUCCACACUGGAGAAAAACCUUAUAAGUGUAAUCAGUGUGGAAAGACUUUCAGACAGAGGUGCACUCUCAAUGCUCAUCAGAGAAUCCACACUGGAGAAAAAUCUUAUGAAUGUAAUCAAUGUGGAAAGUCUUUUGGAACAUCAUCAAGACUUGCUCAACAUAAGAGAAUCCACACUGGAGAGAAACCUUUUGCAUGUCAUCAGUGUGGAAAGAGUUUCACACAGAAGUUCGGUCUUGCUCAACAUAAGAGAAUCCAUACUGGAGAGAAGCCUUAUGAGUGUAAUCACUGUGGAAAGAGUUUCAGACAGAAGUUCAGUCUUGUUGUUCAUCAGAGAACCCACACUGGAGAGAAACCUUAUGAAUGUAAUCAAUGUGGAAAGACUUUCAGGCGAUAUUUCAGUCUUGUUGAACAUAAGAAAAUCCAUACUGGAGAGAAACCUUAUUCAUGUAAUCAAUGUGGAAAGGCUUUCAGAAGAAAUUCUGAUCUUCUUAAACAUCAAAGAAUCCACACUGGAGAGAAACCUUAUGCAUGUAAACAAUGUGGAAAGAGGUUCACACUGAGUUGCAAUCUUGUUGUACAUCAGAGAAUUCACACUGGAGAGAAACCUUAUGAAUGUAAACAAUGUGGUAAGACUUUCACACAGAGCUCCAAUCUUGCUCUACAUCAGAGAAUCCACACUAGAGAGAAAACCUGUGAAUAACAUGACUAUGGUAAACCUUUUAGGAAUUGCUCAUCUCUUGUUGUUCAUCAGAGAAUCCACACUGGAGAGAAACUUUAUGAAUGGAAGCAAUGUAAAACCUUCAGUCAUCCCUUAUUUCCCAUGAGAGAAUUCAUACUAGAUAGAAAUCUUAUCAGAGCAAUGAGUGAGAAAAUGCAUUAAAAUGGAGUACAAAGCUUUAUUAGACAUUCUGAGGACAAGCUGAAUAUGGAUUCAGUGUGGGAAUUCUGUCCGUCAGUCUGAGAUCAUCUCUUACUUACAAACAUCAUCAGAAGAUUCAUAGUGGAGAGAAACCGUAGGAAUGUGCUCCCAGGGACAUGCCUUUUGAUGGAAGUGAGAAGUUCCUAGACAUCAGAAUCUUCACACUGGAAGGAAAGCUUAGAAAAACCAUGAUUGUAGGAAACCCUUGAAAUGGAUUUAUUCUUGAAUGUACAUUGGAGAAUAAAACUUGGGGUUCAAAUGAGCAAAUAAAUCCUUCUUGCAUUAGCACAGAUUUAAUUAGAUAAUCUAAAUUUCACAUUGUAUACAAAGUCCCAUAAAGGUAAUAAAUUUUCUUCUGAAAUGCGAUUGUUUCUAAUUCUUCCUUACUAACAUUCCAUAGCAUUCUUAUACUAUAACUUCAUCAGCCAUUUUCCAGUUGAUUAAAAUAUUCUCUAUUUACUGUUGUUUGAUGA